AGACGUCACCUCUCGUCACCAGUGUGUCUUAGACCGCAGACAUGACCAGUGUCCUCGUCCACCUCCUGCUGGGGGUCGUCAGCCUCACCCUCCUACACACAGGAGCGGAGGCAGAGAUGUGUGCAGUGGUCACCAUCACCAAGGACUGGGAGCACAACUACAACGCCGACUUCUCCUCCGCCACCACUAUACCCUUCAAGGGCCUCGACCUCACCCUCACCUUCGACGCUCCAGUGGACUCUAUGUCUUUCUGGGACGGCUCAUGUGAGAAGAUAGAUGACACACACUUCCACAUUUCCAACAGCAAGUUUUAUGAGACGGGGAUGUACGUGGACUUCAACAUCCAGGUCACCUACUCCGGCGCCACCAGGCCAGAUAUUGUGGCUGUUGAGAUGAACGGCCAAGACGCCUGCGACGGAACUCUGGGCUUUACCACGGACGCUCCCUAUGUCCAGCCUUGUGCAGCUACGGGGAUGGAGAAGUACGACUAUAGUCAGGCACUGUGCAUGUCCUUCCUGUUCUACGAGGCUCAGAGGUCAGGACAUCUCCCGGAAGACCAGCGUGUUGAACCCUGGAGGUGGGACUCUGCUAUGGACGACGGUGCUGAUGUGGGUCAUAACCUUACUGGCGGCUACUACGACGCUGGUGACCACGUCAAGUUCGGCUUCCCGAUGGCCUUCACAACCACCGUCCUGGCCUGGGGACUCAUAGACUUUGCUGAAGGAUACGAGGCAGCUGGUCAGACGGACUACGGUCGUGCGGCCGUCAAGUGGGCCACUGACUACUUCCUCAAGGCCCACACCGCUGAUUACGAACUGUACGGCCAGGUUGGUAAGGGCACCGACGACCACAACUUCUGGGGCAGGCCCGAGGACAUGAUGAUGGCCCGUCCCUCCAUGAAGAUCAACAAGGACGCCCCAGGAACUGAGUUGGCGUGUGAGACCGCCGCCGCCCUCGCUGCUGCCUCCAUCGUCUUCAAGAAGGCUGACCCCGACUACUCGGCUGAGAUGUUGGAGGUGGCCAAGGAGCUCUAUGCCUUCGGCGACGAGUACCGUCUGGAGUACCACAAGUCCAUCACUGACGCUGCUGACUACUACAGGUCGUGGAGCGGGUACGGAGACGAGCUGCUGUGGGGCGCACUGUGGCUGUACCGCGCCACAGGAGACGACACCUACCUCACCAAGGCUCAGGAGGCCUGGGAUGAGUUUAACCUGGCAGAAGACGCGCUGCAGUUCUCCUGGGACGACAAGAAGGCUGGCGCCUAUGCUCUGGGCUCGAUGGUUGACUCAGACAACAUUAUAUACAGCAAUGCCUUGAAGGCCUUCCUGGAGUACUUGAAGAACGACGCCCAGUACACUCCUGGUGGCCUUAUCUACCUAGAUCAAUGGGGCUCCGCCCGUCAUGCAGCCAACGUCGCCUUCAUCUCUCUCUGGGCGGCCAAGUACGGAGACCCAGCAGACGCGGACGCCAACAGAGAGUGGGGCGAGGGCCAGAUCAACUACCUUCUGGGUGACGCCGGUCACUCCUUCGUCGUGGGCUUUGGUGUAGACCCUCCCUCACACCCCCACCACCGCUCCAGCUCGUGCCCGAUCCCACCAGACUCGUGCACAAAGGACAACUGGGGAUUCCAAAACCCAGGACCAAACCCUCACACCCUGUACGGCGCCCUCGUCGGUGGUCCUGCAAAGGACGGCUCUUACAAUGACAAGCGCUCAGACUACCAGCACAACGAGGUGGCCUGUGACUACAACGCCGCCUUCACUGGGUGUCUGGCCGCCAUUGUCGAGAACGUCUAACGGCAUGUCAAUCCAUUGUACUCCGAUGGUCUCUCUCUCUCUCUCUCUCUCUUACUUGUCUCGUAUCUGUCUCUUAUUUCUUCACCUAUACAGUCGCUCUUCUGUUCUUACACUGCUAUGCUGGCGGAGUCUGAUGAAAUAUACAUAAAAAUAAAUGCGUUAGGAAAUUAAA